AUGGUGGCCCAUGAUGAAGUCGGAGGUCUGCUGCCUAUCAAGAGGACCAUCCGAGUCCUCGACGUGAAUAACCAGUCCUUCAGAGAACAAGAGGAGCCAAGCAAUAAAAGAGUCCGACCUCUAGCACGGGUCACAUCCUUGGCAAACUUAAUCUCUCCUGUAAGAAAUGGCGCAGUCAGGCGUUUUGGUCAGACAAUACAGUCAUUUACCCUCCGUGGUGAGAGCAGAUCCCCUGCCUGUGCCCAGAAGUCAUGUAGUAGAGCCACAGUUCCUACUCCUCCCAAAAGAAGAAAUAGCGUACUAUGGUCAGAGAUGCUAGACGUCAACAUGAAGGAGACCCUAACCACCAAAGAAAUCAAACGUCAGGAGGCAAUAUAUGAACUAUCCCGAGGGGAGCAAGAUUUAAUUGAGGAUCUGAAGCUUGCUAGAAAGGCCUACCAUGAUCCCAUGUUGAAACUGUCUAUUAUGUCAGAGGAAGAACUGACACACAUAUUUGGGGAUUUGGAUGCAUAUAUACCACUGCAUGAAGAUUUGUUGGUGAGAUUAAGAGAAGCAACCAAGCCUGAUGGGACGGUGGAGCAAAUUGGUCACAUUCUCGUGAACUGGUUGUCUGGCCUCAAAGCCUAUAAAGACUACUGCAGCAACCAGCUUGCCGCCAAAGCUCUUCUUGAUCAGAAAAAACAAGACCCAAGAGUCCAGGAUUUCCUCCAGCGGUGUCUUGAAUCUCCCUUCAGCAGAAAACUAGACCUCUGGAGCUUCCUGGAUAUUCCUCGAAGUCGUUUGGUCAAAUAUCCCUUGCUUUUAAAAGAAAUUCUCCGGCACACUCCAAAAGAUCACUCUGACGUCCAGCUUCUGGAAAAUGCUAUAUUGAUCAUCCAAGGCGUGCUCUCUGAUAUCAAUGUGAAGAAAGGAGAGUCAGAGUGCCAGUAUUACAUUGACAAGCUGGAGUAUCUGGAUGAGAAGCAGAGGGAUCCUAGAAUCGAAGCCAGCAAGGUUUUGCUCUGCCAUGGAGAACUGAAGAAUAAGAAUGGACACAAACUCUACAUUUUUCUAUUUCAAGACAUCCUGGUUCUGACUCGGCCAGUGACCCGAAAUGAGCGUCACUCCUAUCAAGUGUACAGGCAGCCCAUCCCCGUCCAGGAGCUGGUGUUGGAGGAUUUGCAGGACGGCGACGUCAGAAUGGGAGGCUCCUUCAGAGGCGCUUUCAGCAACUCCGACAAAGCCAAAAAUAUCUUCCGAGUUCGCUUCCAAGACCCUAUGCCGGGCCAGUCCCACACUCUGCAAGCCAACGAUGUGUUUCACAAGCAGCAGUGGUUUAACUGUAUCCGAACAGCCAUCGCCCCUUUCCAGCAAGCCUGCAGCCCAACAGAGUUAAAGGACUUGCCAGAACUCAGUGAAGAGUAUGAGGAGAACAACCCGGCAGUUCCCAACGUCCAAGCCCACAGACGGUCAACUACCCUUUCGGGCGCUCUCCAGCUCGAAAGAGAUGAAAACGCCCCCGAGUCCAACUCCAUUGUCACUGCAGCUGAAGGCGGCAAGAGCGUAAAAGCACACCGAACACUGUCUGGGCUCCAAAGAACACGAGAGAAGGCCCAGUUAGGAAGCAAAAGGAAAGAGACUUUAGUUUAAAAGGAGCCCAUGUUCUCAGUGGAGGAGAGACUUUUUAUUUAUAAAUGUGUACAUUUCUCUUACUGUACUGUCAGGGUUACUUUAUACUUUAUACCAUACCUAACAUUUUGUAUGUUUUGGGGGUUUUAUGUUAUUUUUUUUUUAAUGGCAGCUACUGUUAUACAGAUAACUUGGUUGAACUGGGGUCUGUUUUCUGAAAAAGGUAAGGCUCAUGUUGGUUUUUUGUUAAAAAGAAGUUAAGGAUUUUUUAAAACGGGUGAAUCAAGUGGCAAGUUUUAAAAGUAGGUUUAUCAUGAAACCUGAGCUAAAGGUGAGGGACGAAUUAACUUUAGUUCUUUGAAACAGCCGACUGUAACUGACAAUAUUGGCAGAAAUUUUCAACUCCGUCAAUAUUGGGAAUCGCCAAUAUUUCCCGGCCUCGGUUAUGAUUGAAUCGUCUUAGAGAAUUCAAACCUAUGCACUUAAAAAUCCGCAGAGCCUGUGUGUGCUGCUUUGUGUUAAAAUUUAAAUUUGAGCAGAAAUUCUUUGGAAAACAGAUCCCAGCAGUCAUUAUAUUUUUCACUUUACCAACUGGAACUCUUUGUCUGUGUUUGUUUUCACUGUACAUUCCUCAUCUUCUCUUUCAUAACCUGCCAGUUAUUUAAUUUUUUUUCAUUGUAUAGUAGAUUUUAGGGUUUUCUUUUUUUAAAACUGUCUUUUCAAGUUGGUAUCCUUUAAGGUAUUGCCUUUGUUCAAAAUAUAUAUAUGUGUAUGUGUGUGUGUAUAUGUAUAUAUAUUUUUAAGUCAUUUUUACAUCACCCAUCAUGAAACCAAGCCAUACUGUUUUUGAGCCAGUGGGAAGGAGCAAAUUUUAUAAUGUAACAUUUUGGGGGUGGUAAACACACGUAAAUGGCUUGCAUGUGCUCUAGACUACUGAGAGGGAACCACAGUUAUAGCAGAGAAAGUUUUAGGGAUGUCUCAGAAGCUUGGAAUGAAGGCAGGUGGACUGAGGGAGGAGCUAGAAAGAGAAAAGAAGGUUGUUUUGUCUUAAAGAGAAAUGCCUGGUUUUACCAGAUAGAGAGCAAGUGUUAGAGAGACAAACAUGAGGAUAUAGAGUAUGUUGUAGAAGGACUGAGGGGGAGGAAACCUUAUAUGCAUUGGUUGCUCUUCAGCCGAAAAACUAACUGAGUUUUAAAAGCGGCAAUCAGAUGCCCUGAAGAAUUAGCAAAGUUUGGUGGUCUUGAUCAUAGGAAGGUUUUAAGGCUUGUGAACCUCUUUCUGCAAAAAAUGUUACCUGGGUCAUGUAUAGGCAAAGGACUAAAGUUUUGUUUUCCUUCUGUGAAAAUGGAAAUGAGAAAUGAGCAAAAAAAGAAACCAAAAUCUUAACUACUGGCCCUUCGGGGCUAAAAUUUCAAUUAAAAUUACAUACUACAUGGAAAAAUUUUGGUUUGUAGGGAUGGAAAUUGGAGGAGACUGUAAAUAGGCCAACCCAAACGAGCGGUUCUCUGUAAAUGAAUUUUACAAUUAAAAAAAAAAAACCCAAAAAAACCCAAAGUCA